AUGCCCAAGCUUUCAGAUCUCGCCAAGGAUAGUAGAAUCUACAGAGAGGAGAUCAGAGACUUGGGAGGGAAGCUGGAGACUAUAGUACAAGAUCCUCGACAACUCUUCUUUGGUUCUUUGCCUGAAAGAAUCAUCAUCACUUCAUUAGAACUUUUACAACAAGGAGAUUUGUCGGUUCAUGAAAGGCUAUGGAAUUUGAGUGUCCUUCAAAUCCUUAAAUCUUACUUGCCAACAGGAAACCUCAGCAUGCUCAAUCAAAAUCCAAAAAAAGGUCCUGUAUGCCGAGGAGCACUGGAACUGUUUUCAACAAAAGGACUUGACUGUAAACCCAGGGUGAAGAGUGAAUCAAAUGGGAAGAUAGAGAUGUCGCCGGUAAAUAAAGAGCUGAUGCAUAAGGGAGUUAUUUUAGCUGUUAUGGAGGCUCUCAAGCGAGUUGAGGUCAUAGUUAACAUCAAUAAUAUCCUUGGGAAAGGGGUCUAUAGACCACCUUUGUUGUGUCGAAUGCAUGACAUAUUAUUUGACCCAAGGUCUUUAGAUGACGUGAGCGUUGUUAACUCAAUGGCAUUGGAACUUCUGGAAUAUGUGAAUCAAAAGCAUACUCCACUAGAUUAUCAAAUCCAGUGUUCGUAUCACAUCUUGCGACAUCUAGGCACAUUCUAUCCCAUUGCUCCACAUAUUGUGGAACCUUGGUCCACAGCAGGGAAACCUUUUGAAGUAAUUCAGCAGCGACUACAGUACCAAGCCGAAUUUCAGCCUCGUAUUCAAAAUUUCAUCUUAUGGAACCAAUCAGACAAAUUUAUGCUAGAACUACUGGGGGGGCUCACACAGUGGCAUUCGAUCAAUUUGGGGUACAUAGAAUCUUGUCUAGAGUCAUUAAACGUUAGAGAUUCGGCACUUGAAGAUUCACAGGCACGAUCUGGUCAAAACUUUUACCGGAAGGAAAUUAAUUACGCAGCUCGAGAUUUUUUCAUAGAAAUGAUGUUCAAAGCAGCCCCUUAUAUUGAAGGCCUUCGAAAAUCUCUCAAUCGCCAGGUGAAAAAAGAUGAAGCAAGUGGACAUUAUCAAUUCAGAUCAAGGCCAUCACUCGAUCCCGAGGAUGAAAAUCAAAACUCUGAGCGAUGUAGCAUCUGUUUGGGUGAAUUCUUGCAGGGGCAAAGUGUAGUCAAGUUGAGAUGUGACCAUAUUCAUCAUGAAAGUUGUACAAACGAUCUCUUCUGUCCCCAAUGUCGCAAGGGGAUUACACUGCCCCUCACUAAAGACCAACACAUCUCCUGGAAGUAA